ACAACUACUUUUGGAAUGACGUUUUAUUUGGGGUGGGCUGCGGCACUUCGCUCUCAAAACUUGCAUGAUAUUCUAAAACAUCUGUGAGUGAGAGAAAAUUCAGGGGGAGAAGCGUUGAAAAAUCAAACCCCUUUCUAUUCGCUUCUUCCGGCUCGUAAACCCUCUUAUCCUUCAAAAUUUAGAAAGCGAGAAAGCGUAGAUUGUUGAUAUAAAUGGCACAGAUCAAACCAGAGUAGAGUUCGUGAAUAAUUUUUUGAGAGAUCAUGGCGGCCUCUGUAACUGCAACGUCCAUAUCGACAUCGACAUCAAAAGCCAGAGAUGCAUUCGGCUCCGUCUUAUCUUUCACUAUCCUCAUUUUGGUUGCCAUUCUCGCUUUUUCCAUCCGUCUUUUCUCUGUUAUCAAGUAUGAAAGCGUCAUUCAUGAAUUCGAUCCUUACUUCAAUUACAGAGUUACACAGUACCUUACAAAAAACGGAGUUUAUGACUUUUGGAAUUGGUUUGAUGACCGAACUUGGUACCCUCUGGGUCGUGUCAUCGGUGGAACAGUGUAUCCUGGUCUAACAUUGACAGCAGGAACCAUGUGGUGGAUAUUCAAUUCUUUGAACAUACCUCUUUCAGUAGAAACUGUUUGUGUUUUCACUGCUCCUAUAUUCUCAGCCAAUGCAGCUUGGGCAACAUACCUUUUAACAAAGGAAGUGAAGGGUACUGGAGCAGGACUCAUGGCUGCGACCCUUAUAGCAAUGGUACCUUCGUACAUUUCUCGAUCUGUUGCUGGCAGUUAUGAUAAUGAAGCUGUUGCGAUAUUUGCUUUGGUCUUUACAUUUUAUUUAUAUAUCAAGACACUCAACACUGGUUCUCUCUUUUAUGCUACAUUGAAUUCCUUGGCUUACUUUUAUAUGGUCUGUUCCUGGGGAGGUUACACUUUUAUAAUAAAUCUUAUACCAAUGCACAUUCUUCUAUGCAUCAUCACUGGCCGUUAUUCAUCACGCCUAUAUAUUGCUUAUGCUCCUUUGGUGGUUUUGGGUACACUUUUGGCUGCCCUUGUUCCAGUUGUUGGGUUCAAUGCAGUCAUGACAUCUGAGCAUUUUGGAUCAUUUCUGGUAUUUAUUAUACUUAAUGUUGUAGCACUGGGGCACUAUAUCAAACGUACUGUGUCAGCUAAGAUGUUUAAAGUGGCCAUAACACUUGUGAUUUCUACUGGCAUGGUAGUGCUUGUUGCACUGAUAGCAAUAUUGGUGGCAUCAGUGGCAGGAAGUCCUACAAAGGGGUGGAGUGGACGGAGUCUAAGUCUUCUUGAUCCGACCUACGCCAGCAAGUAUAUUCCUAUUAUUGCGAGUGUUAGUGAACAUCAACCACCCACUUGGCCUUCAUACUUUAUGGAUAUAAAUGUUCUAGCAUUUCUCGUACCUGCGGGCAUCAUUGCAUGUUUCCUACCAUUGUCUGAUGCAAGCUCUUUUUUGGUUCUCUACAUUGUGACAUCAGUAUACUUUUCUGGUGUAAUGGUGCGGCUUAUGUUAGUGCUGGCUCCUGCAGCUUGUAUUUUAUCUGGAAUCGCUCUUUCCGAAGCUUUUACAGUGCUAACACGAUCAAUCAAAUUCCAGAAAGAUGCUUUGACAGUUGGAUCAGAAGCAAUCACAGAUGAAUUGAAGGAAGGGUCCAAAAUUUCUGAAGUUGGAAAAGAUAAAGAACCUUUGAGAGAGAAGCCCUCAAAGAGAAGCAGAAAGAAGGAAAAGGAGAAUGUGGAAAAGGUUUUGGAUAAAAAAGAUAACAAAAAGCAGUCAUUGCUUCUUCCGUUGGAAGCAUCUGCUGUUGGUAUUGUGUUACUUAUUGUAUUGGGAUCCUUUUAUGUGGUUCAUUGUGUUUGGGCUGCAGCAGAAGCUUAUUCAGCUCCAUCAAUUGUGCUUUCAUCUCAUACGUCUGAUGGAGUUCACGUUUUUGAUGAUUUUCGGGAAGCUUAUGCAUGGCUAAGCCAUAAUACUGAUGAGGAUGACAAGGUUGCGUCUUGGUGGGACUAUGGCUACCAAACAACAGCAAUGGCUAAUCGAACAGUGAUAGUUGACAACAAUACAUGGAAUAACACACAUAUUGCAACAGUUGGUACGGCGAUGUCAUCUCCUGAAAGGCAAGCAUGGGAGAUUUUCCAAUCUUUGGAUGUGAAAUAUGUUUUUGUAGUAUUUGGAGGUCUGGUUGGAUAUCCAAGCGAUGAUAUCAACAAAUUCCUUUGGAUGGUUCGCAUAGGAGGUGGUGUUUUCCCGCAUAUCAAGGAACCUGAUUAUCUUAGAGAUGGUCAGUAUCGGAUAGAUUCCCAGGCAACACCAACAAUGCUGAACUCACUUAUGUAUAAACUCUCAUAUUACCGAUUCACGGAGGCAGAUGGUAAAGGAUUUGAUAGAGUGAGAAGAACCGAGAUAGGGAAGAAAUACUUUAAACUGACCCAUUUUGAAGAGGUUUUUACAACUCACCAUUGGAUGGUUCGCAUCUACAAACUCAAGGAUUCAAAAAAUAGACUGCGAGGGAAAAACAAGAAAAGAACUAAAUCGGGUUCAAAAGGGGGCAAGUCACAAAGCUUAAAGAAGCAAGGCAAAAGAAACCCUUGGCUAUGAAGACUAAUCUGAGUGUCUAUCCUUCUUUUGCAAGAAGAUGCCUUGGAUUUAUAUUUCAUGCUUGUUGGGAUGAUAUGCAUUUAGAGAUGAGCAGAGUCUAUAAAUUUUGUGGCUGCUUAUUGAAUUGCUAUAGCUGCUUGUACAUGGGUUUUAGCUUUCCUGCUGUUGGUGUCAACCGACUCCCGAAUUGUCAAAAGAGAUGCCAGAAUCUGAGAUUAUUUGCAAUAUCAAGCUCAACAAACUAUAUAGAGGUCAACGCCAAUUUUGCUGUCGUAUUGCUCUCUUAUUGCAAGCGUAACAUAAGUCUUUUUUUUUUUAAUUUGUUGCUCUGGUUGAAUAAAUUCUAAUUUUGUCUGAUCCUUGAUUAUAAGUUGCCAAGACAUGGAGAAAGAUAAUUUAAAUCUGACCUGACAUUUGAGGAAUGUUAAAAUCUUGGGUGCAAAAGUUUAACAGGGACUGUAGUGUACUAAUUCAAUACAGAAGAUUCUCUAUCUAGUUACUUCA